AUGCUUUUGCGUUUAGAGCGAACACGUUCGGAAGUAAACGUUGAUGAUGAUUCGAGUGCUGAAGAAGAUCUUGUUGUACCUGAGAACGCCAAAGUUUGGAAGAAGCCUGUAGCCAGUCUAAGUAUGUCAACAGUGGAGCGAAUACGUCGAAAGCUACCGCCAAAAUACGAGGAUGAUCGAAAUUUGUGCUAUUGCAACUAUUCACCUGAUGGAUGCGGAGGCUUUGACAAUGGUACUUGCAUGAAGUUUGCAGAAGCUGCUUGCUUCUACUUUGCAAAAAAGGUUACUGUUUAUGAUAACGAUGUCGGUGAUUAUGUUAUAGAAGAGAAGUACGGUUGUGCGCCAUUAACAGAAGGCUCUGGUGGCUCUUAUUUUACUUGCUACGCUCAUCUAGUGGCUCAUCAUGUGCCUAUGUUUAUCAAUUGCUGUUAUGAGGGCAGCUACUGUAAUGCCAACUUGACAUUUCCUACCUUACUGCUGAAGGACCAGCGUGAUAAAGUGAAAAUGCAGUUGAAAAAUGCGACAUCAUUGGCUUCGGAUGGUUAUACAGAAAAGUCACCAAUGUUUGCUGGCAUGAGCAGUGGUUCUGGUUCUGGUGUUGCAUGUUUGAACGAAAAAACUAUAGCACAUUGUCUUGAGAUGAUCGACACUAUUGGUUGUGGUAGGUAUGGUGAGGUUAAGAAGGCUCGUUACAAAGGAGAUCAGAUUGUUGCUGUGAAGUCGUUCUUCACAAAAGACGAAGAGUCGUGGAAGAACGAGAGGGAUAUUUACCAAACACAAAUGAUUAACCAUGAAAAUAUUUUGCAGUUUGUGGCUGCCGAUAUUAGCAGUGAGGACUCAAUAACAAGGCUUUUACUUAUCACGGAUUACUUGGAACUUGGGUCACUACAUGAGUAUUUACAACGUGACAGAUUUUUGUCGAUUUUGGAAGCUCUCAAACUGGCCGAAAGUGCAGCAUGUGGUUUGGAACAUUUGCAUAGCAAGUUGAGAGGUACGGGUGCUCCAGUGAAACCAGCAAUUGCUCACAGAGACAUUAAAUCAAAAAAUGUGCUUGUAAAAAGAACCGGCGUUUGUUGCAUAGCAGAUUUUGGUCUUGCUGUCAGUGAGGAUGAUGUUAACGCUGAUAAGCAAAUUAAAAUACAAGUGGGGACGAAACGAUACAUGGCUCCAGAGAUUUUAAAUAAAACAUUGAAUCCGAAGUGUUUUUAUGAUUUUAAAAUGGCUGAUGUUUAUUCGUUUUCUUUAGUUAUAUGGGAGAUUUUGUGGCAUUUACAGGAAUUGAAAGCGUCUGACGGUGGUUCGUCUGGUGACAGUGGCUACGGUUCUAGUGGUAGUGGCAACAAAGCCGUUGCUACUUCGCGUUUAGUUGCUGGAUCUCGCCUCUCACAACCAUCGUGUUCCAGCCAAGAUAACGCUUCCAACUCUUCAAGACCAAAAGCAAUUCAGCCAUACGACGAUAAAUUUCCCUCAGAUCCAUCACUGGAAGAUAUGCGAAAGCUGGUUUGUGAAGAGAAGAAGCGACCUUCAUUCAAUGAAUUAAUGAAAAACGAUAAUGUUUUAAAAGAUGUUUGCUUGAAAGUGGAAGAAUGCUGGGCCGAAAACAUAAAUAACAGACCUACUAUAAUGGGCGUUAAGAUGAAGCUAACAAAAGCGAUUUUGAAAUACGAGAUGAAUGGAUCAGAUUCUGGUACCAGUGAUUAUGGCACUAUGUCAUCAUCUAGUGAUUCGCUGAGGAAUGAAAGAUAUUUAGUACGAUAA